GAGCUCUGCGCGGAGAGAGGGGGAGAGACACAGAGAGUUUGACCAUUCCCAUCCUCAGGAAUGCAUCCGCUCCUCCAACUUACCAGCGCAAAGCCCAACGCUCAGCUACAUGCGCAUGAGUAGUUUGCAAAAGUUACAAUGCGCAUUCACUUAUAGCAGCUGCAGGCGAAAGCUUUUGAGUGACUUUUCCCUCCUCUACGCUGUUUUUUCUGCGCAGAACGUUUAUUCAGCUGUUACCUGCGAGUAAGAGUAAAGCAGUGCUGAGUCGGGUCCCAGGCGAAUCUCCUUCUUUGGAGACAAGCUUUGACUCCUGACUGAGGAGGUCCGACAGUGCUGGGAAACUAGUUAAUUAUUAUUUUUUUAUUGUAUUUUUAUUUUAUUUCACCGAGCACUGGAGUUGCGCUUUUUUGGAGAAAAUAUGCCGGACAGAAAGCGCGCAGGACGGCUGCUGCAGUUGGCCGUGGCUCUGCUGGCCUUGCUGUCGCUCUUUGGCAGACUGGUAGGCGCAGAGGAGGUGGACAACGAGGACAGCGAGCCGGUGACCAGGCACACGGACACCAGAGCCAACAGGGCCAAGAGGAGAGGGGGCACGGAUGUCCUCAGAGGACCAAAUGUGUGCGGCUCCAGAAACAGUGCCUACUGCUGCCCAGGCUGGAAGACUCUUACAGGAGGAAACCAGUGCAUUGUUCCAAUCUGCCGGAGUUCGUGCGGAGACGGUUUCUGCUCCAGACCCAACAUGUGCACCUGCCCCAACGGACAGAUUGCCCCAACCUGUGGAUCCAAGUCAGUCCAGCACUGUAACAUCCGGUGUAUGAACGGGGGAACGUGUGCAGAAGACAACUGUCAGUGUCAGAAGGGCUACGUUGGAAACCACUGUGGUCAACCGGUUUGUGAAAACGGCUGUCUGAACGGAGGAAGGUGUGUGGCUCCCAACAGAUGUGUUUGUACGUACGGCUUCACCGGGGCCCAGUGUGAGAGAGACUACCGUACCGGGCCCUGCUUUGCCUCCGUGAAUAACCAGAUGUGCCAAGGCCAGCUCACGGGGAUUGUCUGCACUAAAACCUUGUGCUGUGCCACAGUAGGACGGGCAUGGGGCCAUCCCUGUGAGAUGUGCCCCGCACAACCUCACCCCUGCAGAAGAGGUUUCAUACCAAACCAUCGCACCGGGGCGUGCCAAGAUGUGGAUGAAUGCCAGGCCAUCCCUGGCAUCUGUCAAGGAGGCAACUGCAUCAACACAGUGGGGUCUUUUGAAUGUAAAUGCCCCGCUGGGCACAAAUUCAACGAGAUUUCGCAGAAAUGUGACGAUCUGGAUGAGUGUUCAAACAUCCCCGGUCUUUGUGGCGUUGGUGAAUGUUAUAAUACCGCUGGCAGCUACUUCUGCAAGUGUCCUCAGGGAUAUUACACCUCUGUUGAUGGAUCCAGGUGUUUGGAUGCUCGCAUCGGAUACUGCUUCGGAAGCCUGGUGAAUGGACGCUGUUCCAACCAAAACGCACAACUGACUAAAAUGCAGUGCUGCUGUGAUAGCGGACGCUGCUGGUCUGAUGGCUCCACGCCGGAGAUGUGCCCAAUUCGUGGAACAGAUGAGUACCAGAGACUGUGCAUCCAGAUACCCGAUUCUAACAACGGAGUAGUGAUUCCGGGUCGGGUCCCGGGGUCUCCUGACCUACCAGGCAUCUACCCAAUUCCAAUACCCGGCCAGCAACCUGGAGAGUUUCCUGGUCAAAUUCCCAUCCAGGUUCCAGGUCAAAGACCGGUUGUGAUUCCAGGCCAGGGCCCUGGACAAAUUCCAAUACAAGUUCCAGGACAAGGUCCAGGACAAGGUCCAGGGCUGUACCCAGGACAAAUACCUCUACUGCCUCCUCCACCAGGUCCGAAUAUAAUCCAGACACAGAACAUCACCAACAUGUGCCAGGCCUUCCGAAACCUCUGUCUGAAUGGUCGGUGCGUUCCCUUGCCGGGGGGAUAUCGCUGUGAGUGCAAUAUGGGAUUCAAGCUGGACACCAGGGGGGAGUGCAUCGAUGACGACGAAUGCGGCAGAAGCCCUUGUGCACACGGAGAAUGUAUGAACACCCCUGGCUCCUAUAUCUGUCAGUGUCCUCCCGGAUUCCAGACAACUUCGACUCGGACAGAAUGCCGAGAUCUGGAUGAAUGCGUGGCCAAUGGCCGUAUCUGCAACAACGGGCGCUGUGUGAACACCGAAGGCAGUUUCCACUGUGUCUGCAAUGCUGGAUUCGAAAUUUCAGCAGAUGGCAAAAAUUGUCAAGACCAGGACGAGUGUCUGGUCAGAAACAUGUGCCUCAACGGACUGUGCAUCAACGAGGACGGCAGCUUCAAGUGCAUCUGCAAACCCGGCUUCCUGCUGGACACCAGCGGACGCAUGUGUGUAGACAUUGACGAGUGCGAAACUCCAGGCAUGUGUAUGAACGGACACUGCGUCAACACAGAGGGAUCGUUUCGCUGCGAGUGCAUGGCUGGGAUGGCGGUGGGCCUGGACGGACGAGUCUGUGUUGACACACACAUGCGCAGUUCCUGCUACGGCGGCUACAAGCGAGGUCAGUGUGUUCGGCCGUUAUUCGGAGCGGUGACCAAGUCAGAGUGCUGCUGUGCCAGCACGGUGUACGCCUAUGGAGAGCCCUGCCAACCCUGCCCACCAGAAAGCUCCGCUGAGUUUCUGGCUCUGUGUCCCAGUGGUCCCGGCAUAACAGGCGACGGGAGAGAUAUAAACGAAUGCGCCCUGGACCCCGAUAUCUGUCCGAACGGAGUCUGUGAGAACAUGGUGAGGACGUACAAAUGCACCUGCAACGAAGGCUUCGAGGUGGAUAUUACAGGCAAAAACUGUGUUGAUAUUGAUGAGUGUCUAAUGAACAGGUUGCUCUGUGACAACGGCCUGUGCAGGAACACCCCGGGGAGUUUCACCUGUCAGUGUCCAAAGGGAUAUCGCUUUGAUCCUGAGACAGAUGUCUGCGAGGAUGUGAAUGAGUGCGAGUCCAGCCCUUGCAUCAAUGGAGAUUGCAUUAACAGUCAGGGGUCCUUUGUGUGUACGUGUUCAGUGGGCAGCAGCUUGGACAAUACUGGGCUGGAGUGCAUUGAAACGACGAAGAGCACCUGCUGGCUGAAGAUAGUAAACAAUCGCUGUGAGGUCAACAUCAAUGGAGCCACCCUUAAAUCGCACUGCUGUGCCACACUGGGAGAAGCCUGGAACAGUCCCUGUGCUAAAUGUGAAAAAGAUCCAAUCUGCAGUAAAGGCUUUGCCAGAGUCAGAGGAAAUAAAUGUGAAGAUGUGGACGAGUGUCAAGUGUUUCCAGGUGUUUGCAUUAAUGGCAAGUGCAUCAACACACAGGGCUCCUUCUUCUGCCAGUGCCCUCCAGGAAUGACUGUUGACAUCAGUGGAAGGAUGUGCAUUGACCUGCGCACGGAGCACUGUUACCUUACCCACGACGACGAGCGCUGUGGGACGCCUAUCUCAGGGAAACACAGGGUGGACGCCUGCUGCUGCUCAGUUGGUGUUGCCUGGGGCCCUGAAUGUGAUGAAUGUCCAGAACAAGGCUCACCAGAAUAUAACCAGCUAUGUCCUCGAGGCCCAGGCUUCUCGCACAGAGGGGACUUCAUCAAUGGCAGACCCUUCCUCAAAGACAUAAAUGAAUGCAGGAUGAUAAACACCCUGUGCUCUAACGGGAGGUGCAGAAACACCAUCGGCAGCUUCCGCUGUCGAUGUGAUAACGGCUACGCUCUGGACUCAGAUGAGAGGAACUGCACUGAUAUCGAUGAGUGCCGAAUAUCUCCGGAUCUUUGCGGUCAGGGCAGAUGUGUUAACACGCCUGGAGAUUUUGAGUGUGAAUGCUUCGAGGGCUACGAGAGUGGCUUCAUGAUGAUGAAAAACUGCAUGGACAUUGAUGAAUGUGAGAGGAACCCUCUCCUGUGCCGUGGAGGUGAAUGUGUAAACACUGAAGGCAGCUUCCAGUGCGUCUGCCCCGACGGACACGAGAUCGCCCCCGAUGGCUCAGCAUGUCUAGAUAUAAAUGAAUGUGAGUUGAGUGACAGGUUGUGCAGGAACGGCCAGUGCGUCAAUAUGAUCGGCCACUACCAGUGUACCUGCAACACGGGCUACAAAUCCACAGAGGACAGGCUGGACUGUGUCGACAUCGACGAGUGUACGAUUGAGAACGGUGGCUGUGAGUCUUUCUGCACAAACUCAGAGGGCAGCUAUGAGUGCAGCUGCAACAGCGGCUAUGCUCUCAUGCCCGAUCUAAGAACCUGCACCGAUAUUGAUGAGUGUGAGGAGAGCCCCGAGGUCUGCGAUGGGGGCCAGUGCACCAACAUCCCAGGGACCUUCCAGUGCCUGUGCUUCGACGGCUUUAUGUCGUCGGAGGAUAUGAAGACCUGCCUGGAUGUGGAUGAAUGCGAGCUGAACCCAAACAUCUGUCUGAGUGGAAACUGCGAGAACACUAAAGGCUCGUUCAUUUGCCACUGCGACCUGGGAUACUCUGUCCGCAAAGGAACCACGGGUUGCACAGAUAUCAAUGAGUGUGAGAUCGGAGCCCACAACUGCGACAGGCAUGCUUCCUGCACCAACACUGCUGGCAGCUUCAAAUGCAAUUGUGCUCCAGGGUGGAUUGGCAACGGCCUCAAAUGCACAGACCUGGAUGAGUGUUCAAAUGGGACACACAUGUGCAGCAGCAAUGCCGACUGUCUCAACACCAUGGGCUCGUAUCGCUGCGCGUGCAAGGAGGGCUUCUCGGGGGAUGGAUUCUACUGCUCAGACAGCGACGAGUGUGCCGAGAACGGCAACCUGUGUGAAAACGGCCAUUGUCUGAAUCUCCCCGGAGGCUUCCGCUGCGAGUGUGACAUGGGCUUCAUCACCACUGCUGAUGGGAAGGCCUGCGAGGACAUAGAUGAAUGCACCUUUGCUGACAUCUGUGUCAACGGACGCUGCCAGAAUAUCCCAGGCCUCUUUAGAUGUCAGUGCAACCUUGGUUAUGAGCUGGACAGGACUGGAUUCAACUGCACAGAUAUCAAUGAAUGUUUAGACAGAGCCACUUGUUUAAGUGGAAGCUGUGUUAACAUCCCUGGAAGCUACAUCUGUAACUGCCCACCCGACUUUGAGCUCAACCCCACUCGGGCGGGCUGUGUAGACACCCGUACCGGAAUCUGCUUCAGGGAUGUUCGAUCACGGGGAGAUGCAUCCGAGAAUUUGGUCUGCACCAAUGAGAUUGGAGUAGGAGUUUCCAAGGCAUCCUGCUGCUGUUCCGAGGGCCACGGCUGGGGGAGUCCAUGUGAAUUAUGUCCCUCUGGAAAUUCAACUGAGUACAAGACGCUGUGUCCUGGAGGAGAAGGCUUCAGACCAAACCCUAUCACCGUCAUAUUGGAAGACAUCAACGAGUGCCAGGAACUGCCUGGCCUGUGCCAGGGAGGACAGUGCAUCAACACGUUUGGCAGCUUCCAGUGUGAAUGUAUGAGAGGUUUUGCCCUGAACCUCGACACCAGAGUCUGUGAAGACAUAAACGAGUGUGAACAACAGGGAAUCUGUGGCCCCGGCCAGUGCUACAAUACGAUCGGCAACUACACCUGCAUUUGCCCCACUGACUACAUGCAGGUCAACGGCGGACACAACUGCAUGGACAUGAGGAAGAGCUACUGCUACAGGAACUUUUACUCUGACAACAGGACCUGUGAUGGAGAGCUGACCUUCAACAUGACAAAAAAGAUGUGCUGCUGCUCAUACAACAUCGGCCGUGCUUGGAAUAAACCGUGCGAACAGUGCCCUGUCCCCAGCACCAAUGAGUUUGCGAUCCUCUGCGGCAGUGAGAGGCCAGGAUAUUAUAUAGACAUCACUACAGGACGGGUUAUUGAUAUCGACGAGUGCAGGGAAAUCCCUGGCGUGUGUGAGAACGGAGUGUGCAUCAACAUGAUUGGCAGCUUCAGAUGCGAGUGCCCCGUUGGCUUUAUCUACAAUGACAAGUUGCUGAUUUGUGAAGAUAUUGACGAGUGUCAGAACGGGCCGGUGUGCCAGCAGAACGCAGAUUGUUUGAACAUGCCUGGAAGCUACCGCUGCGAAUGUAAAGCCGGAUAUCGCUUCACCCCCACCGGACAAUGUCUGGAUCGUAACGAGUGCGUGGAGAACCCGGGCAUUUGUAAUCCUGGUCAGUGCAUAGACAUGCUGGGAAGCUACCGUUGCAUCUGCCCCAACGGCUAUAAAACAACCGCGGACCGGUCCAUGUGUGUCGAUGUGGAUGAGUGUGAAAGACAACCCUGUGGCAACGGGACCUGUAAGAACACGGUGGGCUCCUACAACUGCCUGUGCUACCCCGGCUUUCAGAACUCGCACAAUGGCGACUGCAUCGACAUCGAUGAGUGCUCCACGCAGAGGGGCUUGUGUCGCAACGGGAAUUGCAUCAACACGGUGGGAAAAUUCCUGUGUGUGUGCAACGAUGGCUACGAGCUUGCAUUAGAUGGCAGAGUCUGUACAGACAUCAAUGAAUGCGCAGUGAAUCCAGGAACUUGUGGAGCAGGAACUUGCCUGAAUAUGGACGGCACCUACCGGUGUAUUUGCCCAGCUGGCUACUAUCUCCAUGAGGAGACAUGUGAAGACAUCGAUGAGUGCUCCCAGUCUCCUGAGAUCUGCACGUUUGGAACCUGCUCCAACACUGAGGGAAGCUUCACAUGCUUGUGCCCCGAGGGUUUCCAGCUUUCUGCGUCUGGACGCAGAUGUUUAGAUAUCCGUGUGAGCUACUGUUACACCAAGUUUGAAAAUGGACGCUGCCUCAGUGCAAAGGCUCUGAACACGUCUAAGGCGGAUUGCUGCUGCACCUUCAUGCCAGGCCAAGGAUGGGGAAGUCCUUGUGAGAUCUGCCCCAGGAAAGAAGAUGAUGGUUACCGUGUUCUGUGUCCUAAUGAGGGAUAUAAGCAAGGACCAGAUGAUCAUCCAAAAGAUAUCGAUGAAUGUCUCAAUGAUCCAUGUAUUAACGGUCAGUGCAUCAACACAGACGGUUCCUUCCGCUGUGAAUGCCCAAUGGGAUACAGCCUUGAUAUUAGUGGGGUCAAAUGUGAAGACACGAACGAGUGUGAAAUCGGGAAUCCGUGCGGCAACGGCACAUGUACUAACGUCAUCGGUGGGUUUGAGUGUGCAUGCGAUGACGGCUUCGAGCCCGGGGCGAUGAUGACCUGUGAAGAUAUCAACGAGUGCGCCCAGAAUCCUCUGUUGUGUGCGUUCCGCUGUGUUAAUGUGGUGGGCUCGUACGAGUGCAAAUGUCCAGCAGGCUACGUGUUGCGCGAGGACAGGAGGAUGUGUAAAGACCAGAAUGAGUGUGAAGAUGGUAUAGAUGACUGCUCCAGCAGAGGAAUGACCUGCAAGAACAUGAUCGGUACAUAUAUGUGCAUCUGUUCUCCCGGAUACACACGGCAGCCUAAUGGAGUUGGAUGCAUGGACCUCAACGAGUGCACGGCCAAACCAGGGAUCUGUAAGAACGGCCGCUGUGAGAACACGGUCGGAAGCUACCGCUGCCGGUGUGACCAGGGAUUCAUCGCUAACCCCACACAGACAGAAUGUAUCGAUAACCGCGAGGGCUUCUGUUUCACCGAAGUUCUGACCACGCUGUGUCAGAUGAGCUCUAGUAGCAGGAACUUGGUGACCAAGUCGGAGUGCUGCUGCGAUGGAGGCCGGGGCUGGGGAACCACCUGCGAGCUCUGUCCCCUGCCGGGAACCACCCAGUACAAGAAGAUGUGUCCGCUGGGACCUGGCUACACCACUGAUGGGAGAGACAUUGACGAGUGUCGCGUGAUGGGAAACCUUUGCAAGAACGGCCGGUGCCUCAACACUUUGGGCUCUUACAGCUGCGCCUGCAAGCCUGGAUACACCACUGACAUCAGAGGCACGCAGUGCGUGGAUGUGGACGAGUGCAUACAGGCACCAAAGCCUUGUAACUUCAUCUGCAAGAACACAGAGGGAGGCUACCUCUGCUCCUGCCCCCGAGGAUACAUCCUGCAGGAGGAUGGAAAGAGCUGCAGAGAUCUGGACGAGUGCUCAACCAAACAGCACAAUUGCCAGUUCCUGUGUGUUAACACCAUCGGUGGCUUCAAUUGCAAGUGUCCCGCUGGCUUCACCCAGCAUCAGACAGCCUGCAUCGACAACAACGAAUGUUCAUCGGACCCAAAUCUGUGCGGUUCCAACGGAGUCUGCCAGAACACUCCGGGCAGCUUCAACUGUGACUGCCAGCGGGGAUACUCAUUAGAUCCCAGCGGACAGAGCUGCGAAGACAUGGACGAAUGCGACGGGAACCACAGGUGUCAGCACGGCUGCCAGAACCUAGUGGGCGGAUACAGGUGCAGCUGUCCCCAGGGCUACCUGCAGCACUACCAGUGGAACCAGUGUGUCGAUGAGAACGAGUGUCUGAACAGCCAGAUCUGCGGGGGAGCGUCGUGCCACAACACUCUGGGGAGCUUCCGCUGCCUCUGUCCCACCGGCUUCAACUACGAGCAGACCAGCGGAGGCUGCGCGGACGUCAACGAGUGCUCCACCAGCCACAACCCCUGCAAGUUUGGCUGCUCCAACACGGACGGGGGCUACCUCUGUGGAUGCCCGCCUGGAUACUACCGCGCCGGACAGGGGCACUGCGUCACAGGCCUUGGCUUUACCAGUGGCAGCGCGAGCGGUGCACAGGGAGGUGAGGAGGACGACAACUCGCUCUCACCCGAAGCCUGCUAUGAGUGUAAGAUAAACGGGUACCCGAAGAAAGGACGCCAACGUCGCAGUCCCAACUCCACACAUGACAGUUCUCUGGAAGACAUGCAGCUCACAGAUAACACAGUCAGCCUGGCCAGCAUGGACACUGAAAACACGCUGCAGCUGCACCUGAACGUCAGCGACCUCAGCAACCGCGACCACAUCCUGGAGUUUACCCCGGCCUUGUCCGCGCUCAGCGACCACGUGCGCUACAGCAUCGACAGCGGCAACGAGGACGGCUUCUUCAAGAUCAACCAGAGGGACGGUGUCAGCUACCUGCACUUGAGCAAGAAAAAGCUCCUCCCGCCGGGGGCGUACGACCUUCAGAUCAACAGCGUCCCUCUCUACAGGAAGAAGGAGCUGGCCGAGCUGGAAGACGAGCACGAUAAAGACUACCUCACGGGACAGCUCGGAGAUGUACUGAAGAUGAGGGUGCGGCUCAUCCUCCAUUAACCAUCACCAGACUGAGAGGGGCAGAUGUUGCUGGCAGCUGCUGAUCCAGCGUCAGCCUCACGCUGCCUUUAAAAGUCAAACAAUCCAGACUCUGGAUCAGUAGUUAGAGGCAACUAGGGGCUCGCCACCAAAGAGACAAAGAGGGGAGGGGGGGGGGGGGGGGGGUUUACAGCACCAUUCGAUCACCAAAGAUGAUUCUACAUAUCAUAGAUACAGAUUCUAUGAAAAGAAUAGCAGCUGAGUGAGGUCAUGUUCAAUUAAAGUCUGAUGAAACGACUCCAGCUGUUUAAAGCACUAUCGACUGUGUGAAUAGGUUUUUUUGAAUUAUUGUUAAAUGUGGAAUCAGAUGCCACUUGGAGGGGCACGUGGGCGGCAGAAAGCUAUUUUAUAAACUCCCAUUUUGUCGGAAGAGAAUGGGUUGAGUCACAAUAGUCUUAUCAAUUCAUUUCUUCCCCAGGUGACGUUACCGUAGGUCAUCUCUUCUUCCCCGCAUAGUGAAAAACGAGUUGAAAAAUGUUUAGGAGGGAAGGAACCCACUGUGGACUAUUUGAGAUGUAACCACAUCUGAGCUUGAAUCCUACUGCCUAUUUAAACUCUGCUUUCCCCCAUCUUUCCUACUGAUCCAUUAACCGUAUCUACUGGUGCUAACACGUCCACAUAGACUUCUGAAUGCACUGCACAACACAAACCUUUUUAGUAGCCACAUACCACCCCGUCGGUCAUUCUGAAGAUUUCCUGUCCUCGGCGCCGCAACAGCUAGCAUCAAAGCCUGUCCGCUCUCUUCUGUGUAUGUAAAUUGUGUUUAUACUGUAAUAAUCAGUGCCACUUUUAAUCUAUGAAGCAUUUGUAAACUAGAGGAAGCCCCUGGAAUAGAGGGGGUCAUAAUGGUGCUUAUAAUGACCAACUACUUCCUUUGUAAACGGUGUAUACAGACAAGCAGUGUACACACACACACACACACAUUUGAUGAUGCCAAACCUGGGCCUUCAUGAUUAUGCACUGAGGUCUCUGUGGCCACAAGUCUCACAUGUAAAAUCAGUAUCAGUGCUGCAUUUUUUUUUUACAGACCAGCCUGUUCUCUGUUCACAUCAGCGAGGGUUUAGCUGUAAAUCCAGACAAUAAAAACAUACUUUUAUGUA